AUGAAGCAGAUCAGAGCAAUCGCGGUCAUUGGUGCGACAGGCACCCAGGGAGGUUCUGUCGCCCACUCACUUUUGGAUAACAAGGCCUUCGAAGUGCGAUGUAUUACGAGAAACGCGUCGUUGCCCCGAGCAAAGGCUCUCGCGUCCAUCGGGGCUCAAGUGAUCCAGGCUGACACCACACAACGCUCAGAGCUGGAGAAUGCAUUCUCGGGAUGCUGGGGUCUCUUUGUAAACUACAGUGUCUAUGGUGCCGAUAUCGAGGAAGCAGAACGUCUGGGGAAAAAUAUAUUCAUUGCAGCGGCCGCAGCGGGGAUCAAACAGGUUGUCUUCAGUUCCGAGCCUCAUCCUGAGCGGCUCACAAAUAGAAAAGUCCCUCUCGAUUACUUGGAUGUCAAAGCACGAGUUUAUGAAUGGGUCUAUCAGAAUCUGAUAUUCGACAGCUUUACUCCCAUCAUGCCUGGCUGGUUCAUGGAAAAUAUGCAAGAUCCCCUUAUGCAAACGCUGCUGGGAGGAUUCCCUUGCAACAAGGACAAGGAUGGAUACUUGACAUGCCGCGCACCUUUAUGGGGUGGAAUUGAAGAUGUGCCCUGGGUCAGUAUAACUGAUGACUUUGGGGACAUGGUUCAUGGCAUAUUUCUCGAUCCGAUUCGAUGGAAUCACAGGCCGGUUCAAGCGGUGGCCGACCCAAUGUCGUUUGGAGAGAUGACUCGAAUCUUUUCACUUGUCACGGGACAGAAGGCACGAUACACGUCAUGUGAAUUGUCUGAGGUUAGGUUCGGGGUAACAUAUGACAACCUGAAGAACUCGGAUCACAGCGCCUUGUUUAGAUACUCGCAGUUACGGGAUGGCGAGUAUUAUGGCAAUGGCCCUACUGAGACCCGAACCUCUAGCCAACUCAAGAAAGCUGCUUUCAAGGCCAAAGGAGGAAAGGGGCGAGAAACUCUUUUGACACUGCGGGAAUAUCUUGAGCAAGAAUUCUCCUGA